AUGGUAUCAGCAUUCCAGAUGCAGUCCUUCUACAGGUCACCAUUAACGGUCGACACCACAAACGCCCAGAAAUUCUUCGAGGAGGAGGACGCGAGCAUACUAGACGAAAACAUCCUUGAGCAGAGCGCACUUGACUCGGGUUUGGAGAUGUCGCCGCCCAUGUUGGAGAGCCGGAGGGACUCAUUUGCCGUCCCCCCAUCGCUCUUCUCACCAAAAACCGAGGAUUGGCACUCGGGGGAGAUGCAGUCGGUCCCGUCAAACAACCCCUUCUUCGACCAACACAGCAACAACCCUUUCCUGCGGAUGGAUCAGAGCCAGCAAGCGGCAUAUCAGAGCCACGCAUGGCCCAUGACCAGCUCUGGGUCCGCAACUCCCCAGCUUCAGGCCUUCGACGGCCUGCCUGUAGAGUACGACUCAACCAACCACGCCAUGUUCCACCGGCAACCCACCAUGCAGACUCCCACACCUUUCGCCGCGCCUCCCAAUCCCGUCACCAUGUUCCAGCAGAUUGGCCAUGCCGCUCCCUCGUCAAUCCCCACCUCACCCCAAAAGGAUGCCUGGAUGGCUCGAGAUCCCAAAGCGCAAGCCAUGAAAAGGCCGCAUCCCGGCAGCCCCCUGAUCCGGUCGCACAAUGAGCUCAGGCGGGGUGACGGCAUCCGCAAGAAGAAUGCCCGCUUCGAGAUCCCUGCCGAGCGCAACCUCAGCAAUAUCGACCAGCUGAUCGCCCUGUCCACGGACGAGCAGGAGAUCAAGGAGCUCAAGCAACAGAAGCGCCUGCUGCGCAACAGACAAGCCGCCCUUGACUCGAGACAGCGCAAGAAGCAGCACACUGAACGGCUCGAGGAUGAGAAGAAGCAGUUCACCGAGAUCAUCGGCAACCUGGAAGACACCAUCGCCAGGAUGGAGAGAGAGAUGCAGAAACUCGUCCUCGAGAAGCAGAACUGCGAGUCGUACAUUCACGAUCUCGAGAGGAAGCAGGAAGACAUAAUCAGCAGGCACACCAUCGAGACAGGCGAGCUGCGGAAGAAGAUCAGCGUCCUGACCAACGAAGUGCAGUCCAUGGGCCGUGCCGCCACCACCGCGCCGGGUUUUCCCGGUGCUUUUAGCGAGAUGGACGGCAUCGCCAUGGACUGCUCCUGGGAUAACAUGCCGAUGUUCGGCGACUUCCCCAUGGAGCAGCCCACUCCCCAGGUCAAGCAGGAGCUGCAGAUCGUUCCCACGGCCAAGAAGUCCGAGGGUGUCGCUCUGCCGACCGCCGACUCCGAGAAGCCUGCCCAACAAGGCGGAUUCCUCUUCAUGCUCUUCCUCGUCGGCGCUUUUGUGCUCUCCAGCCGGUCGUCGACGCCCAGCAUCCCGCGCGUCUCGGAGGAUGUCCGCGCCGCGUCCGCGACUCUCCUGGAGAACGUGCUCAAGGAUGCCGGCGUUUCGCAGGGUCCCUCGGGCCUCCAGGCCCUGGCUUCCCAGCCCUCGGGCACCGCUCACUGGGCCCAGGCGUCUCAGCCGCCUCUGUCCAUGGCCGCGCCGAUGGUCGACAACGUCGCCCCGUCGGUGUUGGGUAAGAUGGCGGACGCCCUGACGCAGCCGACCGAGCAACAGACCAACGAGCAGAUCUUCUCGCUGUCAGCCGCGCAGUAUAAUGACCUGACCUCGCAAGAUUUCCUCCAGGCUCCUCCCCCGGCCGAAAGGUCGAUGAGCCAAGGGAGACGCAAUCUCGCCGAGGCCCUGGCCAGCAUGCGCAGCUCGACCAAGCAGCAGUCUGCCGCCGAGGUCUACACCCGAUCGCUGCUUUGGGACCAGAUCCCGAGCGACGUCGUCCGGACCUUUGCCAGGAUGGUCGCGGAGAGUAACAACGCCGCGACCGUCGUCGGCGAGGACAAGGCGUCGUCGUCCUGUGCUUAA